GCUUCCCAGGGGCUGGCAGGAGCGUGGGAGCGCAGAGUGCCGGGAGGCGACAGAGACCCGGAGAGACGAGAGAGAUGAGAGACCCGGGCGCGCAGGAGAGACCCGGAGCAAGAGACGCACGGAGACAGCUGGAGACCGAGAGAGGGCGCACGGCCGUCGCUAAGACAGCUGGCAGGAACGCGAGAGAUGCCGAGAUAGAGACGCCGGGGCGGCCGCGGGGGCGCAGAAAGACCGCGAUAACAGGAAGACCAGGACCCACGGACUUAGAAAAAGAAAGCGCAGUUCAGGGAGGACAGAAAAUGGAGAGGGCGAGGAAGAGAAAUGGCCGGAAGGGCCCGGGACUUAGGGCGCGUAGGGCGGGAAGGCCUCGCCCCUCCCCCGCGGAGGGUGGGAGGACCCCCGGGGCAGGGAUCCGAGCGGCGUGUCCUUUCUCAGGGUGACGCCUGCGGAGAUGCGGGGCCGGGGGCGGAGGGAGGGGUGUGGAAGGCCGCAGGACUCGCGGGCUGGGAGGACGGCAGUGGGAGGACUUUCGGCCUCCGGAUCUCCAUCCAGAGCGUCAAGCUCUACCUUAUGGUAAAAAAGAUGAGUUAAAUAGACAAACUUCUCAGGCAGAUUUCUUCCCCAUUUGGGGCCAACGGGAGGGAAAAAAAAAAAAAAAAGUCAGCGUGUGCAUUGGCCGGGAAUCGAACCCGGGCCUCCCGCGUGGCAGGCGAGAAUUCUACCACUGAACCACCAAUGCAAGCGACAGCGAGCCCUUGGUGGCCCUACCUGAACUUGUAAGACGUUGAGGCCACCGCGGUCCGGGAGAAGGUGUGGGCCAGGGGCUCAGCGAAGGAGCGGCCCGAAUAGCUGACGUGGGUGGAGCGCCAGGCCAUCCUUCCUCCCGCCCGGAUCCGGCCGCCGGGCCAUAAAGUGGCCCCAUAUGGCCGGGGGGCGGCCCCACACCCGGGUGCGAACAGCCCGGGGCCCCGAGCCUCGCGUGCAGACACUUUAUCCUGAAGCCUCCGACUGUUCACGCAUCAUUCUGCAGAGGGUCAUGUUCUUGGUUUGAGAUGCUGAAGCCGCUUGUGGAGAAGCGGCGCCGGGACCGCAUCAACCGCAGCCUGGAAGAGCUGAGGCUCCUGCUGUUGGAGCAGACCCGGGACCAGAACCUCCGCAACCCGAAGCUGGAGAAAGCAGAGAUACUGGAGUUCGCCGUGGGCUACUUGAGGGAGCGGAGCCGGGUGGAGCCCCCGGGGGUUCCCCGGUCCCCAGCCCAGGACGCCGAGGCGCUCGCCAGCUGCUACCUGUCCGGCUUCCGCGAGUGCCUGCUCCGUCUGGCGGCCUUCGCGCACGACGCCAGCCCGGCCGCCCGCGCCCAGCUCUUCUCCGCGCUGCACGUCUACCUGCGCCCCAAGCCGCCCCGACUGGAGCCGGUAGAUCCGAGGCCCCAGGCGCCGCGCCCACCGCUGGACCCCGCCGCCCCGGUGCCCGGCCCCGCGCUGCACCAGCGCCCCCCAGUGCACCAGGGCCCCCUUAGCCCGCGCUGCGCCUGGUCCCCGUCCCCCUGUUCCCCCCGCGCCGGGGAUCCCGGCGCGCCGGCGCCCCUCACCGGACUGCUGCCGCCGCCGCCGCCGCCGCCGCCGCCGCACAGACAAGACGGGGCGCCCAAGGCCCCGCCGCCCCCGCCGCCCGCCUUCUGGAGACCUUGGCCCUGAGCUUUGCGGGGGGUGGGGGUGGGGGCUGGGGGUGAGGUAGAGACUCCAGCCCGAGGGCAGCAGAGGGACCCGGGCGUCGGGGCGAGCAGGUGUUGGGGAGGGCGGCGGGGCGCGCGGGCGCAGCGCGCGGGUGAGAUGUGGUCUAUAUUAGAGUAUCUAUAUAAAUAUAUAUUUCCCCGGUUUCUGUCCCUUUUCCCUGCCCCCUUUGCGACUAGGAUUGUACCCUCUCUGCCCCCGGCCCAGACCCAGCCCCUUCCCGAGUCCUUAGUGCAUGGAAUAAAGUGGUUAUUCAAUCCCCGUGUGUCCCCGAGCCAGGGGCCUGCCUU